AUGGCAACUUCUGAGAGGGAGUUUAUUUCCAAUUUCUUGACCUUGGCAUUUCUAGAUGACCCUGCCCUUCCAAAUGAUUACCAUCAAAACGCUGAAAACCUCGAUUCAGUCGGAAUAUCUUUACGUCCAUUAAAAAUACCAUACGAAAACAAACGUCAAAAGGGUAACGAUGCGGAUUCCAAGGUUGUUAUCAUCUUGAAAUCUGUUAGACCACCCAAGUUUGUGCAUACCGUUAAGUUUUCAAAGCUUGCGACUUUUUUGCAGGUGAAAGAGUCGUUACGUGCACUUGAGAAUGACUUACAAAAUGCGGAUAUUAAGUUCUUAUUGAAAGGUAAAGUCCUAAACGAUCUGAUGCUAGUUCAGGAUUUGAAUUCCCCUAAGAUUUCCUUAACUGUAAUGGUUGGUAAGGAAAAAUCUGGAAGUUCUAGGGGUAGUUCGUCAUCUCAGGUUACAAGCGCGGAGGCGGUUGAUAAGACUGAGAUUGCAAUUCCAUGGGAAAAAAUACAGGCUACUUUAUCAGAGAGUAUUGUAGACCAAGAAGCUGUGGCCGAAGCCUUUUCUAGAUUAAAGAGGGGAUGGGAGCUUGCGAAGUGA